CUCAGUUUGCAGAGCCCUCAGCAGUAACAUGCACACAGUCAUGCAGGCUAGGGCGCACAAAUGUGCAUGUGCAUGUGUAUGUGUUGGUUGAUGAGCAAAGGUGUUCUUGAAUUGUUUGCCUUUCAUUAACUUACCGGUGUUGGUCUAGUGGUGGAUUCUAGCCUUGAAACAAACGUCUGGAGAAGAGAAGAGAAGAGAAGAGAAGAGAAGAGAAGAGAAGAGAAGAGAAGAGAAGAGAAGAGAAGAGAAGGAAGAGAAGAGAAGAGAAGAGAAGAGAAGAGAAGAAGAGAAGAGAAGAGAAGAGAAGAGAAGAGAAGAGAAGAGAAGAGAAGAGAAGAGCUCCUUGACCACAAAGAGAGUCAAAAUGGGAUAGAAGAAGCAAUCAAACUGAAACUCUGAGUUGAGGCACUGGACUAAGGUGAGCCAGAGAGACAAGGAGGACAAAACAGUGGAUGGACAUGGGCAGAGAGCGACUCACUCUGGGAUUGCUGCUGCGUUUGGGCAUUCUGCUCACUGCAGUGUGUGUGUGCAUUCAUAUUUACCUGGAGAGAGGUUGGCAGGGUACCUCAGCACCCUUGGCUUUAGGAGGUCCAACCAAAUCUAAUCAGAAAUGGGGUCAACAGAGCAGAAUGAAACAGGCCUCUGCAGAAGAAGCAGAGGAGCUGGGCAGAAGCGUUAAAAGGAGAAUUUCUUAUGUUCGCAAACUGAAGAAGGACAGUCUGGUUAGGAAGACGGAGGAAGACAGAGAAGGCCCCUCACCACAAUGCUGCCCUUCUCUUCGACUACACAGAAAGACUCCACGGUGGCAUAUAGACCUGGAGCCCUGGGCCAGUGAGAGUCAGUCACUGGAGGAUGAAGCUAAAAGGUUCCUCAGCUACAUCACAACUCCACAAGUAUCAUGCGCAUCAUUACGAGGCAAGAAAGCAGACCGGAAAGGAUCCACUGGGUCAUGGGCUGUGUGCCUGGAUCCCAAUUAUAACCUGAUCCACAGGGUACAGAGCAAACACUGCAGGGUGUACUCUUUUGGGUUAGGAGUGGCUGACUGGUCCCUGGAAAGUUCUCUCGCCCGGUUGGGAUGUGAGGUCCACUGUUUUGAUCCCAGCCUUAAGCAGCCUCACCUGCAGCAAGCUGAAAUGUGGCUUCAUCGCCUUUCUGUAGAUUGGAGGGAUCCCAGCCCGGCCGUUGUUGCCCAGCGUCAGUAUGCCAACACAAAGAAACUAGCCACCAUACUUAAUGACUUUGGACACAGAGAGGUGGAUGUACUGAAAGCAGAUAUGGAGAGUGCAGAAUGGAAGAUUUUGGAAAAUUUGAUCCUCGAAGGAGUCCUGGACUCAGUGGGACAGCUGCUGCUGGAGCUUCACCUGCACUGGGCAGGCUUUGAGGUGGGAGGCGAUGAGCCAUCUGUGGUGCGGUACUGGUACAGCCUGCUGAAGGAGCUUGAACACUCCAACUUCAACCUCUUCCAUGUCCACAGCGACCCUGCCAAACCUCACCUCUUUCUACAUAAGAAUGUUCUUAAUGCCAGCAGUGCUUACACCUUGAGCUGGGUGAACACGCAGUGGAAACCCUUAGGGAAGCCAGAUAAAAAUAAAUAACUGUUAUAUUGACUAUAACUGAUAACUGAAGAUCUGAAUGUUUAACAUGGACUUUCUAGAGUUCUCAAACACACUGUUCUCAUCUGGCCUGACCUUUGUACUAAAUACUGUCUGCUGUUAGUGCUACCCCGCAGCCUCCUGGCAGUAGAAUCUUGAGGUGGCACAAAAUCCCCUGGAAGCACAUGUUCUAGAACACAUAAUUACCAGGUCUCAGUAGAUCUUGACCUCUGACCUUUACCUAAGGUCAAGGUCACCAAGAUUCAUCUUUAGUAGAUGCAUCUAUGGUGUGAAUUUGAACAUCCUAGGUCACAUCAUUCCUGAGGUAUUGUGUUCUCAAAGCUGAAAGUUGUCUGCCUGCCUGCCGGGCGGGGUGACAAUACCCCAUCAGCCUUUUUAGGGUGAGGGGUAAAGGGGAAAAAAAAAAAAAAAGAAAAAAAUCCUGCUCCUACUUAACCUUCUGGUCUUCCUCUGCUGGCCUGUGAUGACCUCAGCCAAGUAGGCAGCGUAAUUGCCUCCAGAGGGUCUGUGUUCUACCUCAUAGUGGCUGUGUUACUGGCUGCAGGCAAGCCUCUGAGUCACAGUCACAAUCAUCAAGAUCCUAUCUAAGCCUGGCCCAUAGCCAGACGAUCCUACCUGACAGUAAACAGCAGAGGUCCAGAGAUAAAUUAUGAAUUCAAGGAAGUGGAUACAGUGUUACAGGGUCACUGACACUGAGUGAAUAUUUUAAGGAGGAUGUGAAGUAGUAGUUUCCAUGCAUUGUCAAAUAUGACAAUAAUGUGAUAAAUGGGACUGUACACUAGUACAGAGUGUGCUUGUUGGCUAUUCAAAGGUGGGCAUUUAUGCAAGUAACAGUAAAACAUAUAUAAUUCCAUUGUUUCUGGGGUUAAAAUAGAAAAGAACAAUUCAGGUGCACAAUGGGUCUGUUUCUUUCCUCCAUCAGUUUUCUUGUGUUAACUGGCUUUACUCCAUUGUCUCUGCAGCACUACAACACUGCCAACAGUCUGAAAAUGUAGCACUUAAAAAAUAAAAAUAACACAUUAUUCAGUUAUUGUAAUUUCCAAACCUUUUGAUGAUGAACUGAAUUGGAUUUCUCAUGAUUCUGAGUUGAAAGAAUAAAU